ACUCGUUCUCCGGAUAUCGCUUCGUAAACUUUUGACGGGAUUUCGGGAAAGUAUUACGUAUCAGAAUUUGAACAACGACCCCUUAAUCACUUCUUCGCGUGAUACAAAUACAAUCCGAAAGAUUUUGAUGUGUAUUUUACGGUUUGAUACGCGUAUGUUUGGAGCGAAGCUAUGUGUUUUAAAGGUUGUUGGUAAUAUUAUUUAUUUGUAGACAUUUUUGUUGUCUAAAUAAACUUAAAGUUACAAAAUAUUCACACAGUACUCUAUUCUAUAUAUUUUCUAAUUGUCCUACAACGAUAACAGAAGUUUGGCGCCCAACACGUGGCUGGAAUCGUAUGUAACAGUUGUUAGUAUUUCAAUCGGUAACGUAAUAAUACCAUGACGGACUAAAUGCGUUCAAAAAGUAGUUUUCGAGGCAGAAAAAUGAAUUUUGUAUGUCAGCUUACUUUGCUUGGAAGUGGAAGAAUGGUGUUGGCGAUGCUUGUUUUGGAUUCCCUGUUGGCGGGUACUACAGACGCUACUACACAUGAGCCUGGAUUUAGUGGACCUAUUGCCAAUGUGACGGCGCCUCUUGGGAGGGAAGCCAUUCUGGCUUGUACGGUCCACAAUCUUUCUUCUUAUAAGGUCGCGUGGCUGAGAGUAGACACACAGACCAUCCUCACCAUCCACACGCACGUAAUAUCAAGAAGCAGAAGAGUUGGGGUUACACAUAGUGAUCAUAGAACCUGGUUCCUACAUAUCAGAGAGCUGAGAGAGACUGACAGAGGGUGGUACAUGUGUCAGAUUAAUACGGACCCUAUGAAGAGUCAACUAGGGUAUUUGGACGUCGUCGUGCCACCUGAUAUCUUGGAUCGUGGCACCAGUACGGACCAAACGCUGCGUGAAGGGACGGCCACAAGCCUGACUUGUGCUACAAGUGGUUCGCCACACCCACAAGUCACGUGGCGCAGAGAACACUCCAAACCUAUUACGCUGGCUGACGGAACACAAGUGACGUCAUACGAAGGCCCUGUGCUAAAUAUAAGCCGAGUGAGCAGGCAGCACGCUGGGGCUUACCUGUGCAUCGCUUCCAACGGAGUUCCUCCUACUGUUAGCAAGAGAAUUAUGAUCACUAUUGAAUUUCCACCGGUCAUAACAAUCAGAAACCAGCUUGUUGGAGCAGUCAUUGGUUCAGACCUCGUGCUGGAGUGCGAGACAGAAGCGUUUCCGAAACCAGUUAGUUACUGGAGUAGAGAGAGCGGUGAAAUAGUUCCAGUUGAAAUAAGCCACGAGCAGCAGAAAAGCGAUACAUCGUAUCGUUCAGUCCUGCGGCUUCCCAUCCGGAGGGUUUCAACAUACGACUAUGGGACGUACAAAUGUGUCUCCAAAAACUCACUCGGCGACACCGAGGGAACCAUAAAGUUGUAUCCAAUGCCUCCUCCGGCGUUGGAAAAUACGAACGUUGUUCAAAGGAUGAAUAUCAUGGCUGAAAGGCCGUCAGAAAGUACGGAUUUUGGAACUCAAGAUUUCAGGUUACAAGAUUACAACAGAGCGGUCCCGGGAGAUCAAUUUUCUUACGGGUUUUUGUUCUUAAUAAUAUUAAUCAAGGUAUUAAUAAAUAGAGCUUCUCUUUGAGAUAACUGGAAUGAGAAUAUUUAUUAAAUUUAUCACAGAUUACGUGUAAUUAUGAAAAGUAUAAUGAUUAACAAAAUAAAUAUUGCUUUGAUGUUUAGUCUUCGAGAGACUGAAAAAUACUAAUAGAAGACGCUUUUCGUUACAAAAUAAGUAAAUGUAGCCUGACAAGUUUCUAUUUGACCCAGAAGGACGUCGCUAGAAUUGAUUUCUAUUUACAAUGUUAAUGUGGUCUCUGCAUUAGUUUCUUGAAAUUCCGUAACACGGGGAGAGUAAAAAAAAACUUGUCGUUAUGUACUUUUAUAGAUUUUAUAGUAGGCUUUGUUGCUUUAUAUAUUACAUAUUUUCAGUUAUUUCUUUGUAACAUAAUAACAGUUAUACAAUUACAGCAAAAAAUGUCACGAUCUCCCAUUUAUUUGUAUAGCAUUUACCCAGUUUAUUAUAUCUGGUUAGCGCUGAAAAUGUGCAUGUAUUUUUUAAACAUUGCAUUUGUAAUUUUUGAAAAAUAAUAAAAAUCCUCUGUUUUACUUUCCAAUUAACUAAUUAUGUUUGAUUUAAGUGUAAAAAAUGAAACAGAAUUGCUACAAUAGUUGUCUUAAUUAGUAUAACAGUUAACUUUAAAAAGUAGAGUACCCAUGUAUAAAUGUUUUAAAUUUUGUUCUCUAAUGACUCUAAUAUCGAAUAUAUUUUUUGUUUGAACUAAACUAAAAUUAUUGAAAACGUUUUUGAACGUUCCAAUCCUCUUUUACAACAAAAACUGUUGUUGCUGUUGUUGACAACUUUAUUUUAAAGGCCUGCUGCCCGAAGUUGUACCUUCGUGUGGGUGUUUCAGCAAAAAUCAAGAGCGGUUUAUAAUAAUUUUUUAAUAAAUUAAAAUAAACUAAACAACUUGUUGUUUUCGAAUUGUUCUUUUAAAAAAUGUUAAUUUAUUUUUGCCGUUAGCUUAACCGUAGUUAAUUUUACACGUGAGCUUUUUUAUUUAUGAAAUGGUUUUUUGUUUGAAAUAUUAUAUCUCUAUAUUGAUUACUAGUCAAUAAUUUAGUUACAAAUAAUAAUGUUGAAUUGUGUAUAGAAGGUUUUGUUUGGUACGUAUCCAGUUCUACGCACAGUGAAUGUGGCAAUAGUGGAGUGGUACGCUGCUCGCGCCGGCGCGAUGACGGAGUGAUGAUGGCUGUGCGCGAUGCCGGGUCGCCCGGGUCCACGCGACUGGAUCCGUCGGAACACCGUGUCAGGUCUCACUUGGGCAUCGGACUAAAUAAAAAAUUUGCAUUACAUAGUACUCUACAAAAUGAGCUAACAACUUUGUUACGACGUUCGUAGUAUAAUAUUGUUUUGAAUAGCGUCUUAUUUUAAUCACGAUUCGAAAUUUUCGUACAAAAUAAUUUUCAUACUAAGUAUUAGUUGCGGUUAUAAUUUUCAUCUAAAAUAAGACAACCUAUCGCGUAGAAGCCUGUCACAAGUUAAUUGUUAAAAUGUAAGUAGCGAAAUUCAAUGUAGAUAAUGAAUUCAGGACAAGUAUUAAUAAAUAUAGACUGAGUUUGAUGAAAACUUUGGUUUGUAAAUAUUGUAUGAGAGGUGGAUGAAUGUUAAAUAUUAUUGCUAUUAGUGUCUUUGCGUACUUAAGGUAGCGGUGCGACAUGGUAAGCUAAAAUGGGUUUUACUAUGUCAGGAACAAGGAAGGAAACUGGUCGAACUCUAAGGCUAUUUAUAAAACGAACUUUGACAUCGACUAAGCAAAAAUGGCAAACUAUGCAUUUCUUUUUGUAUUUACAUUACGAAAUUUGCCUAACUAAACGGGGGUGAACGUUUUAUUUGUUUCGUUUCAUUGAAUUUCCUCAGUUUGUUCACUAAUCUUUUUUUGUUCUAUACCUACGUCGACACAGUUGUCGCAAGUACGAUAAAGACUUAAGAAUCUUAUAGCAGUCAAUUAUACAGCAAAGUGACGUGGCAUUAAUGCUUG